UGUCCCCGCUGCAGCGCUGCGAAGGAUUGUGUAACGCACACCGCUGUGUAUAUAGAGGGGUCCGGUCACCUGCCAGCCCCCGACGUCAGAGGACAAGAGCCUACAGUCCAGGAAAGGAGGGUGGACGGAGCAGCAGACCCCUGAAUGUCGGGGCAGGGCGAUGCCGAGAUGUCCCUCAUUUGCCUGGCGGACUUUGAAGCUUACGCCAAAGAUAAUUUACCCAAAGCCACGUGGGAGUAUUACGCCGCGGGGGCAGACGACUGCUGCACCCGGGAUGACAACUUACUUGCCUUCAAGCGGAUUCGACUGAGACCCCGGAUGCUGCGAGACGUGUCCGUAACGGACACCAGAACCACCAUCUUAGGAACCGAGAUCAGCUGUCCUAUCGGGAUAGCACCUACCGCCUUCCACUGCUUGGCCUGGCCAGACGGAGAGAUCAGUACCGCCAGAGCGGCAGAGACUCUGAAUUUAUGCUACGUCGCCAGCACCUACUCCACCAGCUCUGUGGAGGAGAUCGUGACCGCCGCCCCCGAUGGUUUCCGCUGGUUUCAGUUGUACAUUUACCGGGACCGUAAACUGUCCGAGCAGCUGGUGCACCGGGUGGAGGCGCUGGGCUUCAAGGCGCUGGUUCUGACUGUGGACGUUCCAUACACCGGCAAGAGGAGGAGCGACAUCCGUAAUAACUUUCGACUUCCUCCUCACCUCAAGGUUAAGAACUUUGAGGGAGUUUUCGAAGGACAUUGUGGCCCCGAUAAUUACGGGGUCCCGGCCAACACUCUGGACCCGUCCAUUAGUUGGAAGGAUAUCCAUUGGCUGAGAAGUCUGACCCGGCUGCCGAUCAUCAUCAAGGGAAUUCUGACCAAGGAGGAUGCGGAGCUGGCGGUGGAACAUGGAGUGCAGGGAAUCAUUGUGUCCAACCACGGGGGGCGCCAGCUGGACGGAGAACUGGCCACGAUCGACGCCCUGUCUGAGGUAGUGGACGCGGUGCAGGGUCGGACCGAGGUGUACAUAGACGGGGGGAUACGGACGGGGAGCGACGUCCUGAAGGCGCUGGCCCUGGGAGCAAAGUGCGUGUUCAUUGGACGCCCCAUUGUCUGGGGUCUGGCGUACAAGGGCGAAGAAGGUGUCCGGGGGGUGCUGCAGAUCCUGACUGACGAAUUCCGGCUGUCCAUGGCGCUCUCUGGAUGCCGGAACAUUUCUGAAAUCAACCGAAACCUCGUCCAGUUCUCCAGACUCUGAAAGUUCUCACAGCCGAGAACCGAAAUGUGAAAUCAACAGAAUCCUCAAGAUGCUGGGAGAUUAUAAUGAUUAUGAUGAUUAUGCGCCCCCAAUGGAGACCCCUAUAAAUGGUCCUCCCUCCAUGGAGACCACCAUAAAUGGUCCCCCCACCCCAUGGAGACCACCAUAAAUGGUCCCCCCCAUGGAGGCCACUAUAAAAGGUUCGACCCCUAUAAAUUUGCCUUUUCAAUGGUGACCCCUAUAAAUGGUCCCCCCUCCAUGGAGACCACUAUAAAUGGUCCCCCCAAUGGAGAACCCUAUAAAUGGCCCUUCCACCCCAUGGAGACCCCUAUUAAUGAACUGUAUGUAAGCCAAGAAAACUGUGGUGAUUCAUUGGACUUUAAUCAGUACCUAGAACAUGAGCAGAUCAUUCACCGGAUCAUUCAUUCUGGAUCACUUCUCGACUGCUGGACACUGCAGCAUCUGAUUACCUGUAGAUUCACCUGUAAAUUUACCCCAUAUCUGGGUGUACCUCCCUCUGCCGCCUGAUACCUCAUCUAGACAGGUGCUAUUACUGGGUUCUAGGUCACACAUAGAAAUCUUAUACAAAGCUCAGAGGAAAACUGCAAAAUGAUUAAAUAAAGAAGAAAAAAGCUAAAGAAAUGUUCAUUCUCAUUGGAGGCAUUUAUACCCUGGGGUCUAAUAAUUAUUAUACAGGCUAAGGGUGGAGCUCUGCCAUAGACAGGGGUAAUGAACAAAACUCAGAGGAACGCAGAUAUACAGACGU